GUUCUUUUUCUUCUCUUCAACCCUUUUUACUUUCUUCCUUGCUCUUCAAGACAAUCGUUCCCCACCCUUACCGCUGCCCCACUCUCUUGCUUCUUUUAUGACUUCUCCUAAAAUUUUUCCCACCACCAACUCCUCUCCGGGUAUCCUUGGGUCUUGUCUAGCCCAUAAUUUCUUUACUGGGUCAUCUCUCGCCGGACUACUUUUCUACGAGUAUCAAUAAAGCUAUGCAUACUCUCUCUUUGUUCUCUCAGGAUGAACAUUUCUACAUGGAUACUGAUGCUAUUUCCCAUAUGACUCACUCUCAAGUGAUUGUUCCUAGAGAAAGCAAAUGGUGGGAAACUGUGAGAAAAUGCUACUCAUUUCUUCACCUUCUAAUGAAUGGUCAGAAUUAGUACAUGAUGAGAAUAAAAAUCAAUUAGAUGAUCCAAAAGGAAACUUAAACAACACCAACACCAACAUCAACCACAACAAUAUGGCUUCUGUUGUUGCUGCGACUGAUCAGCAACAACAUCACCAUUUUCAACAACAGAAACAACAACAACAACAACGACAACUUCAGCAACAAGCCUUAAAAUGUCCUCGUUGCGACUCGACAAAUACGAAAUUUUGUUACUACAACAAUUAUAGUUUAUCACAACCAAGACAUUUUUGCAGGGCUUGUAAAAGGUAUUGGACAAGAGGAGGUACACUUAGAAAUGUUCCUGUUGGUGGUGGUUGUAGGAAGAACAAAAGGGUUAGAAGAUCUUCUAAUACUUUUUCUUCUUCUACUACUAAUACUAAUACGACUAAUACUAAUAAUAAUAGUCUAGAAGCUUCUAUUAAUUCAGCUUCUUCUAUUGGUGGUGCUAGUUGUAAUAAUGGGAAUAAUAAUGUUCAUGAUUUGGUUUCUUCCACCUCAAAUCAUGUUAAUUAUCCUCUAUUUUAUGGAUUACCCACUAAUCAUUCACCAAAUUCUGACAUUAAUUUCCCAUUUUCAAGGUAUGAUCUUCAAAACCCACCUCAAAUUAAUGGUCUUGGAUUAGGGUUUUCAUCUGGGUUAUUAGUUCAUAAUGUGCACAAUAUGAAUCUUCAUCAUCAUCAUCAUUCUUCUCAAAACACUAAGCAAAUUUCCCAUGAUUUGAUCUCAUCAAACCCUUUGAUUUCUUCUACUACCACAAACAUCACUUCUACUAACACACCUAGUACAAUUUCUUCACUUUUGCAUCAAAUUAAGGGAGCCAAUAAUUUUCAAACAUUAUUGAAUUCUUAUCAUGAUGGUGAUAAUAAUAAUGAUCUUCAUAUGAAAAAUGUGAAAAUGGAAUUUGAUAGGCAAAAUAGAUCAUUAGAUCAUCAUCAUAAUUGGAGUAAUACUACUCAAAACCAAAUAGAUCAUCAUCAUCAUCAAACUAUGGUUUCAUCUUCAGAUCCAUCUAUUCUUUGGGGUAGUAGCAAUGGAACUAAUCUUUCUACUUGGCUUGAUCCUUCCAAUAAUCUUGGAUCUUCAGUUCCAUCUUUGAUCUAAGUCAGUUUAAGCUUUUGGCUGAAUUGGUUAUUUCUUGAUCGAUAUGGUAUAGAGACUACAACCAUCAGCUUAAAACUUUUCUUUAUAUAAUUAAGACCCUCAAAUAUUCAUCAUCUUAAUCUCCCUUUUUGUUCAAUUCAUCCUACCAAACAAAAAGACUUUGCCUAUUUUCCUUGGAAAAGUUCUAUGUAAGUGUUUUAUUUUAUUUUUUUUAGCUAAAUAUUGGCAUUUUAUUUACCAUAUACCAAGGAGAAAAAAGAUUAAGGGUAUAUUGGAAAAAAGUGUGGAGGUGUUCGGAUCGGAGCGUUCAUGUCAGCAGCAAUUAGCUAAGUCAGCUAGCUAGAGAAGUUUCAGCCUGUUUUAGAGUUUCUUUCUUUCUGUCUUUUGUUUAUUUGGUUGAACUAUUCAUUUGCGCUGAGAGGAACAUCCGAUCCGAUUUCCAAAUCCAGGAUAAUAAAAUAGAGUGAGUCGAACAGUCCUCUCAUGAUCAGUAUGUGUUACAACUUACACAAUUCAAGAUUAAAAAGGGUUUUAUCCAAUGAUCUACACCAUAACCUAGGCAUAUCCGGACCUAAAUCGUCCCCUCAACUAGUUGGAAGCUUGUCAACAUCAUUCAUGAUCAUCAUCAUCUUCAACAAAUGAUGCACAUUGUGGGAAAAAAAGAGAUUAUUCAAUGGUGGGAAAGAGGUAUACUUUGAUGGUUUCAAACUAAUGCAAGCUAAGUUUUAAAAGUUCCCAAGUAUUAUGUGUUUAUUGUUUUUUUCUUUUUAAUUCUCUUUUUGUAUCAUGUAUGUAUAUAUUUGCAUGACACUAUGCUAUAUAUUCUACCCAUUGUACUUUUUUACUUUGUAAAAGUUUAGGGGUGUUGGGUGUAUGUAAGUGGUACUUGUUUAAUUAGGACAUUAGAUGAUGAGGAACUUUGAUACAUUUUGAUCUAGUUUUCCUUUCGUUACUUCUUAUGGAUGUUUUUUUUUUUAUUUUUUAUUUUUUUUUUAGGGAAAAGUUUGGUAUAAUGGCAUAGUAAAAAAGGGAGAUUGGGUAUUCAA